AAUCGCGCCCUCUUUCACACAAAUCGGAAAACCCCGUCGGAAGGUUUUCUCCACAUAUUUUUUCGGCUUAAAACCGGUUUCAGCCAAUUCGUUUUCUAUUUAAUUGAAGCAUCCCGCUUUUCCCGUCACACACGAGUUCUGUGCUGGUGUCCUAAGGGGUUGAUUAAGGUUUUUGGGUGGAUUUCGAAACGGUUACUAUAAAUAGACACCCAGCAGACAUAUUUGCGAAAGGAGGACGGUGAACGAUUUUCAUUCAUAAAGUGAUUCAUUUAAAGUAAGGUAGUGUGGAAAGUGCAUUGCUUGUUUAAAUCGAGAACCUGUGAGUUUCCCUGGAUUACUUUGUGAGCUGUGACUUGGUCGCGAGGUGCGUGGACCAAUCGAUCCCAUACGUCAAGUGCUGAAAGGUCUACGGUCAACCCUCUAACAAAAUGGCGUCGGAAGGCGGUCUGGCGCCGGGCGGCGACGGCGACAUGCCGGUGGGCGGGCCCAAGACCCCGCAGCAGAUCGCCGCCCAGCGACGUCUGCAGCAGACGCAGGCGCAAGUCGAUGAGGUGGUGGACAUCAUGAAGACCAACGUUGAAAAAGUGCUGGAGCGAGACCAGAAACUAUCGGAGCUCGAUGACAGAGCAGACGCGCUGCAACAAGGUGCUUCGCAGUUCGAACAGCAGGCUGGGAAGCUGAAAAGCAAAUUCUGGCUUCAGAAUUUAAAGAUGAUGAUUAUCGCUGCUGUCAUUGGAAUCAUCAUACUGGCUUUAAUCAUCGCCAACUUUGUGUGAACAAGUUUCGAUAGCAGCUGUUUAGUUUACCCGUUAUGCGUUAUUAGUUGAAAUAACAGUUAUUUUAAUACGUUAAUGUAGAAAAUUGCGCCAUUGCCGGUCUGUAAGCCCCUCAUAGAGGACAAGUUACAUCAGCAACCCAGCUUUCAGAUGACACUUCUUCACAAGCAGAAAACCUACACAUCACGAAAAACUAAUUUUACUGAAAUAUUAGAUCAAAUGAAGAAAUAUUUAUUUUCGUUCCCGUAAUUCAUAAUAUUUUCGGAGUAAAAGCCAAAAAUAUGCAGUACUUACUUACUAAUCAAACAAAUGUUUAGACUUGAAAAAAUCGUCCUAUCCAUUUAAUGAAACUAUUUGAAAAAGGAGGGGAGGGGAAGGUUUAGGCCGCUUCAAUUUUGAAAAUAUCCAAUAAUUUUACAUAAUUAGGAGUCUACCUAAUUCAAAAGGAAGUAUACACAAGUAAGUAUAGACCCAAGAAUUAAAAUAUGUCAGAGGUAUCAAGAAAAAUUGAGGAGCUCUAAAUCUUACAUGACGAAAAAAUAUUUUUAGGACUUCCUUUGUUUCUAGAUCUUCCUAGUUUUAGAAUAAUAUUUUUGGCUUUUUUCCUGUUCAUAUAUUAAAGUAUUCGCCUUUAGUAAAAGUGAAAAUAAAUGAUGUUUGUUAGAGACACUCGCUGGUCCCUUCCUUCAGUAUUUUGUAGGAAUUUUAAAGCUGAGAUUUCGAAAACUAUAUUUUGUUGUUAACAUACAAUAUUUUUAGAUAAUCUUUCUUUAAUUUGAACAGUUUAUCUAAUGUACCUACCUAAUAGUAGUGAAAUAUCAAUCCAAAUCAUAUCUCGAAGCUUACCGAUAAUACUGUGUUCACAACAAAUUUUAAAAUGUUGAAAAUAUUUAUAUAACCACUUACUCAUAAUUACUUCUUUAUUUAUAUUUUGGACCAAACAUUCAUAGUUGCAACAAUUUGUUGUUUAUUUUGUACUCAUUACAAAUAAUAUUUAUCACGACUUCACGAUCACUUUGUAAAGCGUUGUACCCACACGAAAAUUUUCUAGAAAUGUACAAUAUUCUGGAGCAAUUUAUUUGAUAUCACCUUUAAAAUUAUGGAAAAUGUUAUUGAUGUUCUGAAUAUAAUCUAUAUUUGAUUACUAUAAUGAAAUAUUUAAUUUAUAAAUUCCAAUGUUUUUACUUUGCUACUUUUAUAGGAAAAAAGUAUUUUAAUUUUGUGUACUUACGUCUUGUGGUGAGUUAUAUUUGAAACGAAGUAGAAUUUAAUAGCAUUAAUUGUUGAUAUAAUGAUAAUAACUCCUGGAACGCGGGCAAAUGCCUCUAUAUCUUUACCUUUAAAGGUACAAGUUAUUUUCUAAGUUUCUUAACUUAUUUACCUUUCACCCGCACUGGUGGCAUAAUAUUGCUGAAAACAAUUAUGGAGUUGUUCUGAAUAAGUUGCAUGAACAUUAUCAAGUUAUUGUAAUUUAAAUUGCGUGUGCAUUGUUAUUAUAAUAAA